GUCCACGAGAAAGGCGUCAUCUCAAGGGGCGCGCCGCUAUUGGCUGGCCUCGUUCUCGCCGCCGUUGCGUCGCUCUAUUCCCGGGCCCGCUGUGAUUGGCCGAGACGGGACAGCCAGUCAGGAGACGCGAUGCUGGUGGGUCCCCGAAGUCAGCGCGGCUGAGGAGGCGUUGGGCCGCUGUAGUAACGUGUCAUCAGCCAUGGCAGAGGGUGUCCAGUCUCCAGUCGUAUUCCAACACCAGUACAUGUGUUCAGAGUGUGGUGUUCUCUACAAUACAUUGGAAGACGUAUUGGUUCAUCAACAAGAUCAUGUCGGAGGUGUGCAAGCAGCAGUGUCCCAGGAUAUUUCCUUGGAGUUGGGAGAACUGCAAGGUCUGGCCCAGGAAAGCCAGUACCAAUGUUUGGAGUGUGGGCAAGUUCUCUUGUCACCAGAUGAGCUUCUUCAUCACCAGGAGAUGCACAUGCGGGAAUAUCCACACACUCCCUCCUCCCCAUCGUUGGGAAAUAGCCAAAUACACUACCAGUGCUCUGACUGUAAAGAGCUCUUUACUUCCCCUGAGUUGUGGGUAGCUCACCGCCGAAAGCAUGAGAAACAAGAGCAGCCACCUCAACAAAGUGUUGUUCUGCAAACUGGAACUGGUAUCCAGGCCUUGCUUAGCCUGCAGAAUGUUCUCUUGGAUGAGAGGACUUUAAAUGGUUGGAGCGUUGAAGUACCAGCUGUGGUUGCAACCGCAGAGAAUGCAGCACAGCCUGGAUCACAAGCGGAAGGGAUUGAAAAGAGAGAAAUGGUACAGGUCUCGGAGAUGCACCCAUAUGAAUGCUCCGAGUGCCUCCAAGUAUUCCAUACCCCUGAGGAAUUUCUUGACCAUCAGGGUCGACACUUUACUGAGUCAGAGAAAGAGACCUCGGCUUCCCCCUUAUAUAGCAGCUCAGAAACUGCUGCACCUUCUCCCAGUAUUCUUGAGAAACUAAGGAAAGACUGGAUGAUAGAAGAAAAUGAGGAAACAACUGGAGAAAGCUUGGGGUUAGUGCAACGGGUUUACCGCUGUCAAGAGUGCAAAAAAGAGUUUAUUACGGCAAAGUACCUUCGGAAACAUCGCAAGGAACAGCACAGCGUGGAGUUCCCAUGCCCUGACUGUGACCGUUUCUUUACCUCAGCCAACCGAUUGCAGUCCCAUCGUCGUGUGCAUGUGCAAGGAAACUUGCAGUGUCCAAAUUGCUACAGAGUGUUUAAGAAGGAGACUUCUUUGGAGCAGCACAUGAGGAUACAUCGGGGGGAGGCUCUCUAUCUUUGUGUAGACUGUGGUUUGGGCUUUGGGACAGAGAUUACCUUGAUCUUGCACCGGAAAAGCCAUACCUCAGACCCCCUGCAUCGCUGCCAGUGCGGCAAAACGUUCAGUAACAUGACCAAGUUUUUGUAUCACCGAAGAACGCAUUCUGGUAAAAGCGGUGUCCCAACCCCAAAGCAGGACAAACCCUCUAUCAUUCAAGAGAGACCUUUAGUUCUCUCUGAUUUUUCCCGCGCUUUGCUUGCAGUGCCUCCUGCAAGCUUAACUGCUUCAAAGUUUCUUCCUGAACAAACCGCCCUGAACAAUGCGGCUCACAAUGCAGAGUCCCAGGAAAAUGGGUUUAACCCACACAUUUCAACAACAGAGCCAAGUAAUGGCUCAGAAACUCCCAGUCAGACCUUUAAGUGCGCUCAAUGCAGCAAAGACUUCCCAACCCACUUGAAAAUGAUGCAGCACAGGCGAGUGGUUCACGCUAUGGAAAGAAAGCACAAAUGCAGCGUGUGUAGCAAGUACUUCAAGAAGCAGGUGCACCUGCGAAACCACAUGCGCACCCACACAGGUGAGCGGCCCUUCCAAUGUACGGACUGUGGCAAGACCUUUGGCUCCCUGGCCAACCUAACACGCCAUCAUCUUGUACACACGGGGGAACGACCAUACAAAUGUGACCUCUGUGGACGUUCGUUCACCCAGAGCUCUAAUCUGCAGCAACAUCGUGCUCUGCACACCGGCUCCAAUCCAUUCCCUUGUAAGAUCUGUGGAUUAGAAUUCAACAGAGCUUCCAAGCUCGCUUUGCACCAGAUCAGACACACUGGCAUCCUGCCUUACAAAUGCCCCGAUUGCGGCAGGACCUUUUUACGCAAGAAAUUAAUGCAGCUGCACCAGUUAGAGCAUCAAGGCAAAGUUUUGAUCUACUGCAAAGAUUGUGCGGUUGUUUUUCCCGAAGAAUCAAAACUUGCAGAACACACUUGCCGCAGCAAAAAGUUGUGUCAGUAUAAAUGUCCGACGUGUGGCAAAAAACUGAACUCCAGUUCCAGUUUGAACCUCCACCUCUUACUCCAUACAGGUCAGCGACCAUUUAAAUGUCACGUCUGCGGCAAGUGUUUUACCAGCCAGAGAGGAGUUACACGACACCAACAGUGGCAUUCCGGAGUCCGACCCCAUAAGUGCAGCACAUGCGGAAAAGCAUUUGUCGCAUCUUUCAGUUUGCAGUUGCACCAGCGCGUUCACACUGGAGAACGUCCGUUUCCCUGCCUGGAUUGUGGUAAGAACUUCCGGCAAGCUGCCCACCUGAGGGAGCACCGCCGCUUACAUACAGGGGAAAGGCCUUUCUGCUGCCAGGAUUGCGGCAAGACUUUUGUCCAGUCCCUUCACCUGGCAGAACACAGACAUGUCCACAGCAGUGACAGACCUCACUCCUGUCCUGACUGCAACAAGAGCUUCAAAACACUCUCCAACUUACGAAGCCACCGCAAAACUCACCAGAAUCUGAUGGCCCAGCCACAACAGACCAUCAUGUGCACAGAACUGGGAGAGCCCAUAGCUAUUAUUGAGAGUGUAGAACCACUGCCCCUUGCUGAGACUAUUGAGAUUUACCAGGCAGCACUGGAAGGAAAUUUGCAGGUGGAGGAUGUGACUUUACAAUGAUUAUCACUGUUCAUACUGUAAAUAGUUAAAUAGAACAGGAUGUAUGUAUUCCUGACAUAAAAAGGCUUAUAUUUAUAAACA